AUGAACAAACAGCUUCCAUUUGCAGAUGCAGCUACAAUUGUACGUGCACAUCAAAAAGAUGCCUACUUUGAAUCCUCCUACAGAACACAGUUACAAGAGUUGUUCCAGUUUUUGAAAGGACAACGAUUUGUUAAUGCAUAUCCCCAGGAAAUAACAGUUUUAGCAAAGGCAGUUUACUUACUGUUAACCACUCUAUUGGGGGCUAGGACUUUAGGUGAAGAAUAUGUUGAUUUAAUAUAUGUGAAUCGAACAGGAAACCGACUUCCGAGAUUACUACCUAGAUUAGGUUUUAUAUUUUCUUAUGCUUUGGUUCCGUAUAUCAUCAGCAAGAUUGUGAAAAAAUUGAAAAAUAAGGAAGAUGAUUGGGUAAGUGAAGCCUUGUCAAACUACUACAAGGUCUUGGACACAAUCUUGAAUCUACAUGUUGCGCUAUUUUACUUUAAGGGAGAGUUUUAUUCCCUUUCGAAACGUUUAUUUGGAUUACGCUAUGCAUUUGGACAUCACAAAGAACCCGAGAAAAUGCAAGGGCGAAACUAUUCAUUACUAGGUGGGAUAAUUGUUUUACAAUUUAUCGUAAAAACCCUUGUGGGAAUGAAAAGUAAGGAACAGAAACAAACGGAAGACAUAAUUGAUGAUGCCAAAAUUAGAAGCAUCAACCAAUUAUCCCAACUUAGCGAGAACUACUCGGCUGAAUAUAUUAUCGAUUUGUCGGAUGAAAAACAGUUGCCAUAUUUACCAGAACCAUCGAGAAGUUGUAUGUUGUGUUUGUCGCCAAUGGUGAAUCCGUCAGCAGCAAAUUGUGGCCAUUUGUUUUGUUGGGACUGCAUUGUGGAUUGGAUUAGAGAACACCCAGAGUGUCCGCUCUGUCGUCAACAAUGUUUGGAACAACAUUUAUUGCCCUUAAAAUAA